GUGUCGCUGUAGGUGCAGAUCGGUAACUGACAGAACAAGCUAGGAAUUAAGCAUCGCGGAAGUGAUCGGCCAAUCACCGAUCUCCAGACGUGCACCGAGGACGCCGGUUCCGGUAUAGAAACCGAGAGGACUCGUCCAUGUUGUAGCGGAGUAUGUGAGGGGCGUGCGUACGUGUUCUCAUUAUAUUUCUUAUCUUCUGAAGUAAUGCCUGAGGCUUCAAUCCCCUAUACCCCACUUCGGGUAGAUUCAGCAAGGAUUCCAGAUUUUUGGCUUUACCGAUGUCUGCGAAGGUUCAGUGGAUUUCUUGCUCAUAUCUUAGCAUUUGGGUUUACAAUAUUUCUAAUAAUUCUUGCUCGACCUGGGACUAGUCUCUUCUCAUGGCAUCCUUUGUUCAUGGCUAUUGCUUAUUGCCUCUGUAUGACAGAAGCUGUGUUGCUGUUAUCCCCAGAGACUUCACCUCUCUGCCCUUUAUCUCGCAAGUCUAAGACUCGAAUUCAUUGGCUCCUACAGCUGUGUGUGCCUAUCUUGGCAGGAACUGGAAUAUCCUUUAUAGUAUGCAGUAAAAACCGCAGUGAACGGCCACACUUUACCUCAUGGCACAGCAUUAUUGGUCUAAUUACCUUGAUAGCCACAUGUUGUCAGGCUGUGUGUGGGUUUGGCCUACUCUGUCCACGACUGGCCCGGGUGACUGCAGUAUCUCGUCUCAAGCUGUACCAUGCCACUUGUGGCCUUUUGGUAUAUCUACUUGCAACAACCACUGUUCUUCUAGGUUUGUAUUCAGACUGGUUUCAGGCUCAAAUUAAGGGGCCUGCAUGGUAUGUUUGCCUUGUUUUGCCUCUCUACCCUGCAUUGGUGAUCAUGAAUCAAGUAUUGGACAUAUACUUACCAAAGAGGAAAAGUCAAACGUGAAUAUCCUAGCUCAAGCUCCUGCAACCUUAAUGUCAUUGUUAAUAACAAACACAAAAGAUCAA